AUUUAUUUAAGUUUCGAGGUGUAAUUUUGUUGAUUGUGAACCAGUCGAUUUGAUUUUUACAAUGCGAGCUAGUUCUGAUUCAGUUGCCGAGAUUUGACCGCGAUUUUGAUUGUGCGCGAGGUCUGAUUUUCUGGAAUUUUGUUCAGCUCAAACGGAUGAACAGAUACUGAUAUGAAUAGGGAAGAGUUGGUAAAUAUCAUGAAUGUAAGGUCAAAACCAGCACCUCUAGUGGUUGGAAAAGGCAACGGCUUUCGGGACGAUGAAGGAGAAUCUAACAUGGAACCACAUGUAGGAUUAGAAUUCGAUACCGCUGAAGAGGCACAGGAGUUUUACAGUGCCCAUGCAAAUCAAGUGGGGUUCAAAAUCAGGAUCGGGCAGCUGUAUAGAUCAAGAUCCGAUGGAUCCGUUAUUUCCCGGAGAUUUGUGUGCUCAAAGGAGGGAUUUCAGACGAAUACAAGAACAGGUUGUGCCGCUUUCAUAAGAGUGCAAAAGGCGGAUACUGGGAAGUGGGUUAUAGCCAGUAUAAAAAAGGAACACAAUCACGAAUUCGAAGCCAGUGGUGAAACUUGUCCGACGACUCGGAUACAGAGGAAGAGUUUUCCAACUCCACGAUCGUCUUCAGGUGGGGCGAGUCGGACGGGAAUCAGAACGCGUGACGAAGAUAGUCCAUCUAGUGUAGUUGAAAUUAAGCGUCUCAAAAAGGACGAGAUGGAUGGAGUUGGUGGUGGACUAGCACGUGAGCCCAGUAAAGGUCUCGAAUUCAAUACUGCGAACGAGGCUUACAAAUUCUACUACGCGUAUGCGUCUAACAUAGGGUUCAGAAUAAGGAUAGGCCAAUUGUUUCGCUCCAAACACGACGGGUCGAUUACAUCUCGGAGAUUUGUGUGCUCCAAAGAAGGGCGUCAGCAUCCUUCUAGAGUUGGCUGUGGAGCGUAUAUGAGAAUACAGAAACAAGAAACGGGAGGGUGGGUAGUUGAUCGUCUUCAAAAGGAACAUAAUCAUGAAAUCGACCGUUCGACAGAUCCUAGCAGAACAGCGAGUGCUGCAUCAAAGGGGUAUAGAGAGGAAGGAAGCAGUAUUUUGGAAAACUUGGAUUUAGUCGAAACAAAUGAAGGCCUCAGCCUCGUCAAACGAGUUAGAGAAAGCAACAUUGGAAGUGAUUGGUACAAUAUGCUACUCGAGUACUUCCAGUCUUGUCAAGCGGAAGAUACCGGAUUCUUUUAUGCAGUGGAAAUGCGUGAGGGUAAUAAAGGUAUGAACAUUUUCUGGGCCGAUGCGCGGUCUAGAUUUUCGUGCGCUCAGUUUGGAGAUGCCGUUGUGUUCGAUACAACUUACAGGAGAUGUAAUUAUUCGGUCCCGUUUGCUUCGUUUGUUGGCGUUAAUCAUCAUAGGCAGCCAGUACUUCUUGGUUGUGCUUUAAUUGCCGAUGAAUCUGAGGAAUCAUUUACCUGGAUCUUUCAGGCUUGGAUUAGGGCAAUGUCCGGGUGCCGCCCUGUGUCUAUAAUAGCCGAUCAAGACAGGCCCAUUCAACACUCAAUUGCACAAGUUUUUCCUGGGACCCAUCAUCGUUUUUCCGCUUGGCAAAUUCUUGAUAAGGAACAGGAGAACUUAGGCGCACUACUCUCCAUGGACGCCGAGUUCAAAUACGAGUAUGAAACUUGUAUUUUCCAGAGCCUAACGGCCAGUGAAUAUGAUUCCGCAUGGAAUAUGCUUAUGAACAAAUAUAAUCUCAGAGAGAAUACGUGGUUCAAGGAGAUGUAUCGUAUGCGUAAAAGUUGGGUACCGUUGCACAUAAAAGGAACAUUCUUUGCUGGAAUCCAUGUGGAUGGGAGCUUAAAGUCGUAUUUCAGUCCCAUUUUGACCGCCCAAACUCCGCUUAACGAAUUCAUUGUUCGAUACGAAAAAGCUCUAGAGCAGCGCCGUGAAGAGGAAAGGAAAGAAGACUUCAACUCGUUCAAUCUGCAAGCAGUUCUGCACACAAAAGAUCCAAUCGAAGAGCAGUGUAGAAAGCUGUACACCAUGGCAAUGUUCAAAGUGUUUCAAAAGGAGCUUCUAGAAUGCUACAGCUACGUCGGAAUAAAGAUAAACGUCGAAGGGGCAAUCAGCAGAUAUCUGGUGCAGAAAUGCGGGAACGGGGAAGAGAGAAAUACAGUUGCGUUCAACGCGUCGAAUUUGAAUAUUAGCUGCAGUUGCAAAUAUUUCGAGUUCGAAGGCGUUCUUUGCAGGCACGCAUUGAAGGUGUUUCAGAUAAUGAACAUAAGGGAGCUCCCAUCUCGCUAUAUCUUGCACCGAUGGUGUAAGAAUGCGAAAUACGGUAUACUUAGGGAUGUUGACUCAGCAGGUGGCUCUCAAGAUUUUAACGCUUUGAUGACGUGGAGUUUGAGAGAGGAAUCCCGUAAUUAUAUCGAGGCAGGGGCAGCAUCUUUGGAGAGGUACAAGCUCGCGUUUGAGAUCAUGCAAGAGGGAAGAAGAAACAUCUGUUGGCAAAAUUAGAGAAUGUCUCGAUAAAAAACACAGGUCAGAGAUAUCUUUUCCCUUCUAUUUGUUUCUAUCUUAAACCAUGUAAUUAAAUAGAAUCUAUCUGUUUCUUUGUGUAACUAUAUAUUAGAGCUUUUGGGUAUUGACUCUUAUUCUAGUUUA